UUACCUGGGGACAUAAUGAUUGGAGGGAUUUUCCCAAUUCACGAAGGAGUGACUAACUUAUUAGAGCGUCCUUAUGCUGAUGGGUUUAACUGUACAGGGCUGGAUCUGCGUAGUAUUUCCGAUGCCCUUGGCAUGAUCUAUGCUAUAGAAACAAUUAAUAAUUCGACUGCUUUGCAGGGGAUAAAGCUGGGAUAUGAAAUUUAUGAUUCAUGUGCAGAUGGCAUGAAAGCAAUUCAAGCAACAAUGAAGUUAAUUCCAGAAUUUUCUGCCAAGAAAAACUCAACGGAGUGCAAUUACACAGACGUUAUACCUACUGUCAAAGCUGUUAUCGGAGAGGAGUUUUCAGAAAUCUCUAUUGUAAUUUCAAGAAUUUUGAGCACUUAUUUUAUUCCUCAAAUAAGUGCUGCCUCAACCGUUGAUACUCUUAGUGAUCCAAUGAGAUACCUUUCAUUUCUACGGACUGUUCCAAGUGACCAACACCAGACACGUGCGGUGGUGGAGCUGAUCAGGACAUUUAAGUGGAAUUGGGUUGGAAUUAUUACUAGUAAUGAUGAUUAUGGACGAUCUGCUCUAGAUUUUCUUAGCCGAAAUUUCCUGGACUAUGGAAUAUGCACUGCAUUUAGCGAUACUAUUCCAACGUACACAGGGGACCCGGGUUUUCAGAAUAGCUUAAGGAAUAUAAUUAGUGACCUUACCAGUAAAACAACUAACGUUGUUGUUGUGUUUGCCAAACCUCAAAUCGUUAGUAGCAUUCUUGCAGAAGCUCUCAGAAAUAACAUAUCUCGUACAUGGAUUGCAAGUGAUGCCUGGAUUGUAUCAGGACUAGUUUCGACUGUUGAGAACAUAGAAAAUGUGGGGGCAAUAAUGGGAUUUACUUUCAAAGGAGGUUCAGUUCCCGGAUUUGUGGAAUAUGUAAAUAACAUUUUUCCCAUUAACCCUGAAGCAACCAAUGAAUUCCUUGAAGAAUAUAAAGAGUUAAGAUUUGGUUGUACAGAUGAAUACAGACAAUAUCUGCAAUGCAAGAAUUCAUCUUCUACGAACUGCAAUGUUCCUGUUUCAGUGCAAUAUAAGUCACCUAUGGCAUGCAGCAAAGAGAAUAAUUCUGUAGUCAAUGAUGACUACCUGGCGAAGAACAUAGAAAAUGGUACAUUAUACUCAACAUCCCUAGCUGUUGCCGCCAUAGUUGGGGCACUGAAAAAUAUGAUAUGCAAAAAUGGAAUAUGUGACAAGAAUCUGCAAAUCUCACCACGUCAGCUCCUCAGUGAACUAAAGAAAACCAACUUUUUCUACAAUGAUGACAGGUUCCACUUUGAAAGCUCUGGUGAGGUCUUGCUUGGAUAUAACUUAAUCAAUUGGCAUGCAUCAGCCAAUUCUACAGACUUUAAGAUAAUUGGGGAUUAUGAUACUUUGAAUCAAAGACUACAGCUGAACAGAAGUCUUCUUUCAUGGAACACUGUCGAGAAUUUGGUUCCAUUUUCUAAUUGCACACCGAUAUGCAGUCCCGGAUAUUAUAAAGAACAUUCAUUAAUUUCUUGUUGUUAUAAAUGUCUUCCAUGUGCAGAAGAUUACUACUCCUCCAUGGCUGAUGCAACAGAAUGUAAAAAGUGUCCUUCCUGGCAAUGGUCAAGAAAUGGAAGUGAUCAAUGUACAAACAGGACAAUUGAAUACUUUGACUGGAAAGAUCCUUUUGCGAUUUCUCUGAUGACUCUUGCAGCCAUUGCGUUUCUACUUGUGCUAAUCACAGGGGUUUUGUUUAUUCAUCACUUAGAUACCCCAGCAGUUAAAGCAGCGGGGGGCCACUACACGUUCCUAAUGAUGAUAUCAUUACUGGUCAGCCUGGUGAGCAUUGGGUUUUUCAUAGGAGAACCUACUGAAACUCUCUGUAAAGUCAGACAACCUCUUUUUGGUAUCAGCUUCACCAUUUCGGUUUCUUGUAUCUUGUUCAAGUCUAUACGAAUCCUUCGGGCAUUUGAGUCAGCCUCAAAAGCACAAAAAGUUGUAACAUUAACCUACCAGCCGGUGGUUAUUAUCAGUGUAUUAACUGGCAUCCAGAUUUGUAUUUGUACAAUGUGGCUUAUUUUUAAAGCCCCCUUUUUUAAUGAAAUUUCUACAAUACCUCAGGUUUUACUGUACCAAUGUAAUGAAGGUUCAUAUGCAGCAUUCAGUAUCAUGCUUGGCUACAUUGGGUUCCUUGCAUUGAUCUGUUUCAUUCUAGCUUACAGAGGCAGAAAGCUUCCUGAGAAGUACAAUGAGGCUCGAUGCAUCACCUUCAGCAUGCUGGUCUAUAUGUUUGUGUGGAUCCUCUUUAUCCCAAUCUAUAUAAAUUCCACUCGAAUCUAUACCUCUGCUGUGCAAACUCUUGCCAUAUUGGCUUCUAUAUAUGGAAUUAUAUCCUGUCACCUUCUACCGGCUGGAUAUAUUAUAUUGUUCAAGAAGAAAAAUAAUAAUAGACAAAGAUACGUAGAAAGCAUCUGUGCAUUUUACAGAGCAAAGAGAAGGAUACUAUCGAAUCACAAAAAGAAGUCCAAUCAUACAAUCAAAGUAAUUCCAGCUAAUCACAUCAUUGCAUGCACUCCGUCACCCUCUUCAGAGGCAAGAAAAAGGAGCAACAGCUUCUAG